AUGGACGAGGUCGAGAAGGAGGUCGAGAGGUUCCGAUUCGCCAAGUCCAAGCCCGUGUACGAAAAAAGACGAGACCUGUUAGUCCACAUCCCCAGCUUCUGGUACAUUGUUUUGGCCGAGCACGAGGACUUCCAGGAGUACGUCCAGACGGACGACAUGAAAUAUCUGGAGUUCAUCAGGGAGAUCUAUGUGGAGUACCUUCUGGACGACGACCCCCUGAAAUUCAGCAUUACCUUUGGAUUCGAGGCUCCCAAGGGCGAGAUCGAGACGCAGACAGUCACGAAACGGUUUGAAAAAAUUCACGACGUCGAGACCGGCGAGGAGAAGCUGGUAUCGGAGGCCGUGGACGUUAAAUGGCCCGCAGAGCUCGACAGCGUCAACCCGCACCUGAUAAAGGCCAAGGGAGAAAUGACGCCCGCUGACAAGAAGAAGUACCGCGCUGGGAUGAAAUCGUUCUUUGCGUUUUUCGCCUGGACGGGCAGAAAGCCCGGCAAGGAGUACAGACACGGCGAGGACCUUGCCUUGCUGAUUCGAGGAGCUGGACCUCGACGACGAGCCGGCCCCUAA